UCGAAGCGGCGGGGACGGUUCUCGUGCACGCCGAUGGUUUUUAUGAAUUAGCUGCGAACGGCUCAUCAUCAUCAUCACCAUCAUCAGUUUGACUCUGAUCAGAAAUGUCUGUCACCGAGAUGUUCAGUUAUAUCCAGGGCUUCCUGAGCGCCGAUCAGGACAUCAGAGAGGAUAUCCGUAAGGUGGUCCAGAUAUUGGAGCAGACUGCCAGAGAAAUACUAACAGUACUCCAAAGUGUCCACCAGCCAUCUGGAUUCAAAGAAAUUCCCAGUAAAUGUGCAAAGGCACGCGAGUUGUUCUGCACAGUCAGGACACAAAUUGCAGACCUCAAAACAAAAUUUCCUGUGGAGCAGUAUUACAGGUUCCAUGAACACUGGCGGUUUGUCCUGCAGCGCUUGGCUUUCUUAGCAGCCUUUGUCGUCUACCUGGAGAGUGAAACCCUUGUAACUCGGGAGGCGGUGGCUCAUAUACUCGGCAUUGAGGUGGUGCGAGAGAAAGGCUUUCACCUGGAUGUAGAGGACUACCUGGCAGGUGUGCUGAUCAUGGCUAGUGAACUGUCACGGUUGGCGGUAAACAGCGUCACAGCAGGAGACUACAACCGGCCGCUGCGCAUCUCCAACUUCAUCAAUGAGCUGGACUCGGGCUUCCGUCUGCUCAACCUGAAGAAUGACCCGCUGCGGAAGCGCUACGACGGUCUCAAGUAUGAUGUGAAGAAGAUCGAGGAGGUGGUGUACGACCUGUCCAUCCGCGGCCUGGCCAAGGAGUCCGAGUCUGGCGGGGCCAAGUAGAGCUUGGAGGUGGUGACUGGCUGUGGGAGACGGAGGAGGGCGCGGUAACUACCCCAGGCUGGAACCUCUCCAUGGCUGCUGCAGAUCGGAGACCUUAACCCACCUGGAAGGCAAGACCUGGGGAUCUGCCUGAGGCCCCAGCAGCCUAGGACAGACUGUGUGAGUGCGAAUGUGUGUUUGUGCGAAUGUAUGCAUGAGAAGUGCUUUAGAUGGAUGGCAGUCUGUCAGAAGGGUGGCAGAGAUAGUGACGGAGUUUGACACCCUCGUUCUGAGGCUUUAGAUCGAAGGUUCGGUUUGUUGCUGUUUUGUGUUCUCAGCUUCAUCUGUUAUUGUUUCCCUGAGUUGGUUUUGCAACUGUUUCAUCUAGUUUGUAACAGUCAACUUCUUUUUAUUGAAUUAUAGUAAAUUGAUGUUUAUUUCAUCCAAGAGGACAAGCAGAGCUCGCCCAGAGUACUCCUGCCGUGCAGAGCUUAAUUGUCUGUGGUUGUUUGUGUUUAUUUGCGAAAAACAAGAAAAGAAAACAUGAAACGUGUUUGUGUUGUUCACCAGAUUCGAGUCGACGCCAGGUGGUAUUUCUUAGGACUCUGAAUUAUUGUCAGAAAAUGGGUGCAUCCAAACAGAGAUCCAGGAGCCUCAUUUGUGAAGGAAAGAUAUGAUGCAGCAAUCAGACGAUUAAAUCUAGAAUCCAAAAAUCUAAUCUAAUCUGGUUUAAAAACAACCAACAAACACAUUUUACAGCAUUCUUACCAGAAUUGGACCAUUUCUGACAUUCAUAAAGAAGUCUUGGUUUGGAUUUUGACCAUUAGCACUUAACCUGAAUACACAGAAUCUUUAUAAAUGAGGCUCCAGGAGAGGUAGAGCCAAAGAAAUGACAAAAAUGCACUUCACAUGAUAUAAAGCUAUUCUGUGAUUAGUUAGAUUCCAUUUUUUUCAGCAGCAAGGAAUCCUUGCAGAACAGUGCCAAUGAUCAUGUCUGUUGAGCCAUUUUAAUAUUUUGGUUGUCAGGUGAUGAAGCUUUCUCUUGAAAUCCAUGAGCAAAUACAAAAUAGUCAGAAUGUCAUGUACUGCAUGUUAUAUGUUUACGGUUUUUUUUCACUUGAGAUAUCUUGAAGGUUCGUUUCUAUUGUCAGCAUCCAAGCUUCUGUUUGAAGCUAUACUGUAGUGGAGCAGAAUUGUAUUUUUUAGAAAUAAUUCACUUUCACUCUCUUGGAUCUUGUGUUUUUGUUUCCAGAAAUAAUAAGUGCAUUCCACUUGUACUGUGUGUAGUCCUGUCUUUGAAUCAGUUGUCCUAAAGAUGCUUAAAAUUACUGUAAAUAUAUUUCUACAUUCUG